CUGAGCUCUACACAUCGCAAAAAAUGCCUCCUAAGCAAGCGAAAGUGGACCCACGGGCCUCGACCCUGCUCUUUAAGAAGCACAAAAUCACCAUCUUACUCUCAUUGCAACCUCAUGAGCCCCUCACAGCAGUGAAGGAGAAGCUACUCCAAGCCCUGAAGUCCCGUGAAGUGCGCGAAAUUAAGGGAGAACCGAUUCCUGAAGACCCUGCUCUCAUCGAGCUUGGUAUUCCCGUCGACCGAAGUGAGCUCGAGAAAGGAUGGACCCGCCUCAUCAAGGCUGAGCCCACUAUAACAGAAGGUGUCGCGAAGGGUACAGGAAAUACUGGGGAUACCGUGCUAUCAGCUGGUCUGGAGAAUGGACAUGUGGUCGCUUUCCGAUUCCGCAGGGCGGACGAUGUAGAGAAGGAUGAUGGAGAUUGGGAUGUGAUUAUCCCAAGCUUUGACGACGAAGAGGAGGAAAUCUGA